UGGGUUCGCAGAAGCUUGCCCAGCCUCACAUGCCAAUCCCCAAUCUCUGAACUUUUUGAUCUGGGUUUCCAAUAUUUCACCCUCAGAUCAUAUGUUCUGCCAUUAAAAUAUCCUUUUUUUUCACUUCGAAUCCAGAGACUGAGAAAAUCCCAUCUCCGUUUUGGUGUUCUCUGAGCCUCCUAUGAGUACUUCACUAGAUUCUGAGAGUUGGGUUUUGUCACAACAGCAGAAAACUUAUAUUGCAUAAAAUAUUUUUCUCUGGAGUUUUGAGAUCAUGGGUAGAGGUAGAGGAAAGGGAAAGAGGUUAACUGUCAACAAUCAUGAUGAUCCUGGAAGUGGUGAGGAAGAAAAAAUACCGGCACAAAAGAGAAGGGGAAGGCCUCAAAAGCCAUUAAAAGAUGAGAUUGAUGAAGAAGAAGCUGAAAGAAUAGAGGCAGAUGAUAGUGAGAAUGGAAAGUCUGGUAUCUCAAGCAAGGAGGUAAAAAGCCCCUCUGCUUCAGAGAAUGGUAAGAAGAGGAAGCGGCAAUCACAGGUGAAAGAGAAGUCAGAUUCAGUUAAGGAGGAAAAUGGUAAUGGAACAAGAUCAAGCACUGAUGACUCAACUAAGUCUAAUGGAUUUCGGCAUAAUGGGAGCAGGCGGAAAAACAAGCCCCGUCGAGCAGCUGAAGCUGGUGUUGAAUGCAAUUGACAGAUGGUAACCUAUGCAUCCUUUCUCGUUGCUGAAAAAUUACGGGGACAGGAAGUGAGGCCUAGUAAAUCUCUAGUUUCUUUCUUCUUUUGCUGCUUAAUUGUUCUUUCUUCAGUAAUUUCGUACCAUCAUUCCUUUUUUAUUUGAAUUGUGAAAUUUGCAAUGCGUUCUGAUGAAUGUGGUUUUCCAUGGUGCUCUGACAUUUUAAAUUUUGACUAUCUUAUUUUUUGCAUUGUAUAAUUUGAGGAACAUGUUUAAGCAGUUGCUAUCUCUCA